AGAUCGAGCUUUGCCUUCUCCUCCUCUACUCCAUUGAUGGAAAUCCCAUCGUCUCCUUUAUCAAGGGAGCUUAAGAUUGAAAUUACGGGUGGAAAUUUAGAUUUUCCCCAAAAAGCUCAUGCCUUGGCGGAGAAGAUCCCGCUUUUGUCUUCGGGCCCUUCAUCUUCGUGUUCGACUCUUCCCAGUGAGGCCAGCGGAGAAGUUCCGGAACUCCCUCGGCCUCUUGAGGCUCUUCAAAGUUCUCCCAUCCCGCCGUUCCUGUCCAAGACCUAUGACCUGGUUGAUGAUCCCGUCCUUGAUCGGCUGAUCUCGUGGGGUCCGAAUGGUUUGAGCUUCAUCGUGUGGGACCCUGCAGAGUUCUCCAUGUCUAUCCUGCCCCGGCAUUUCAAGCACAACAAUUUCUCCAGUUUCAUCCGGCAGCUCAAUACUUAUAUUGCUUCCGAGGAGGAUUCUGUAGAACCGCUGUUGGAGAUGAUUUAUUGGAGUAAAAGUGGCAGUUUACUGGGUUUUCGCAAGAUUGAUACUGAUCGAUGGGAGUUUGCUAAUGAAGAUUUCUUGCAAGGGAACAGGCCUUUAUUGAAGAACAUUCGCAGGCGCCGAUCAUCACAGGGACAGGAAAUGGUUAAUCCUAUUAAUUCUUUAGUUAAUGAAGUGAAACCCGAAGUGAAGCAAUCUGGAUUGGAAAUUGAGCUUAAGAAGCUGAGAGGGGAAAAGAAAUCAUUGAUGCAGGAGGUUUUUCAGUUGCAGCAGGAGCACCUUGCAACAAUCCGACAGGUGGAUUCCCUAAAUCAGCGCAUGCAAUCAGCAGAAAGGAGGCAGAAGCAGAUGGUAACAUUUUUUUGGCGAGGGUUUUUUCAGAAUCCUGAAUUCUUGGCCCAAAUUAGGAAGCAAAAAAAGCACAAAGAGAGAUUGUACCUGCCAGGGCCAAAAAGAAAAUUCCUUAAGCAGCACUCUUGCAGCAGUGAGCCAGUUAAAUCCCUUGAACAGAAAAUUGUGGAUUAUGGACAAUGUUCAGUUGAUGUUGGUGGAUCUUCUUCGCAGCUGGGCAUUCAAGCUGGUGUGCAUAAACCACUUGAAGAUAAUUUUCUGGAAGACAUGGUGGAGAAGCUUGGUCUUGAUCCAAGCACAAAAAGAAGUACUUCUUGCAGCUUCAGAGCAUGA